CUGUGGCACCUUUUAAAUAAAGUUAUUUCAAUUCAAACAAAAAUGGCGGCGCCCUGUGGCCCACCUGUGUUGUCGGACUGAAAGAGAGUUUACAGCAUUAAAAUCAGGUGUAAUUUCAGAGGAGGUAUGGCCAGUGCAGGAAAGCCAGGUAAAAGGGCCAACAAAAAGGAAACCAAAAGGCAUGUUCCAACCAAGACCUCCUUCAACUCACCAUUCACUCCAAAAUGGAGCCCACUUCCCCAAGAAGACAUGCAUUUCAUCCUGAAAACCCUGAACGACAAGCUGGUUUCCACUGGUCUCGAGAAGAAAGAGGUGAAAGUGUUUCGCCCGUGGAGGAAAAAGAGAGACCCGAAACCUGCUGCCACAUCAGAACCUGUUCCUCAGGUGAGCCAGGAUGCACAGGUGCAGGAGUCUUCCAAAAAUGGCUGGACAGACGUGGCAGCCAGAAGACAACUGGCCAUUGGCAUCAACGAGGUCACCAAAGCUCUGGAGAGGAACAAGCUCAAACUGUUGCUCGUGUGCAAGUCUGUCAAACCACAACACAUGACGGAUCACCUGAUAGCGCUGAGUGCAACGAGAGGAGUGCCGGCCUGCCAGGUGCCUCGGCUGAGCCAGAGUGUGUCGGAGCUGCUGGGCCUGAAAAGUGUCCUCGCACUGGGGUUUAGACGGUGUGCCUCCAAAGAUGACGAGGCGUUCGCUGACAUUGUUGAUGCCAUUGCACCCAGGGUGCCUUCACUGGACGUUGCGUGGCUACAAGGUGUAGCACCCAGUGUAACACCUGAAGACCCCACUGACAUGGAAGAGGAGGAAGCUGGCGGGAAGAAGGGCCAAAAAAGGAAGCUUGAGAGUGAAUCUGAGGAGGUCACAGAGUCGGCCUCGUCCUGCGCUCUGCAACCCCUCAAAUUGAAAAAAAUAGUUGCUAACCCUGAAAAGAAAAGUAAAAGAAAGGUGAAGUCGUAGCCAGCUGAAUGAAACACAAAUUCUGCCUAGAUGUUUCAGCUCUGUGGCUUCCAAUGUUUUCUGGCUUUUGACCUCUUGAAAUGAGUCUACUCGGGACCCCUUUGUUUAAGGUUAUGGCCUUAAUCUGGACAUGAGUCAUUUUUCAAUUCCAGGCUUUUUCAUUUGAAGAAUUUUUAGUGGCCCAAAGAGGUUAAAAAGUCUCACAAAAUAAAUUUGUUUUGUUGAA